AUGGCGGACUACACGCAGCUCAAAGUACCCGAACUGAAGAAGCUCCUUUCAGAUCGCGGUCUCGCAGUCUCAGGCAACAAAGCUGAUCUCAUUUCGCGAUUACAAGAGGCUGAUAAGAAGCCGGGGAGCGCGGCCGCUGGCGAGGACGAAAUCGACUGGGACGAAGACGAUAACAAAGCUACAACGGCACCAGCUGCUGCCGCUGUCGCGGCUGGAGGACAAGGACAAGUUGCAAACCCCACCGCAGUGCCCAACCAAAAAGUCGAUGUCGAGCCUGCUACAACUACAGACCUGAAGGUAACUGGAGGGGAGAGCGCACCACAGGCUGCAGACGGAGGAGCUGUCGCAUCAUCAGGCGCAACAGCGACAAAGGCGGCCGCUCAGCCAGAGGCACCAAAACAGGAUUUCUCCAUUGGUAUUCAACAGACGGAUGCAGAAAAGGAGGCAGAGAAGCGAGCUGCGCGCGCCAAGCGAUUCGGUAUUGUCGAGGACGAGGAGGCAAAGAAGCUGGCUGAGCGCGCCAAGAAGUUCGGUUUGGAUACGAAGGAAACGAUCAUCAAGGGAUUGGAUUCCGCACUACCAGAGCGCAGACCAAAGAGAGGAAGAGAGGACAAAGAGGGAGGCAGGAGCGCAAAGAGACAAACCCCAGAUCGCCGAACAGAAGCGGCACCGAAAGCAGCGGCUGCAACCAAAGCAAAGAAGCCCUUAGGAAUCCUUGAUGAUCCGGUUGAGAGAGCGAAGGCGGAGGCGCGGGCGAAGAGAUUCCAACAGGCGGCUUGA